CACUGUGCAGCCUGGUUCUCCCUGCAGCUUCAUCAUGUCUAAAUUCAAAACAAUCGUUUGGCCUAAAGUGAUUUUAUUCGGCGACUCUAUCACACAGUUUUCUUUUCAAGCCCAUGGUUGGGGUUCGACAAUUGCCGACAAAUUAGCAAGAAAGUGUGAUGUUGUGAACAGGGGACUGUCUGGAUACAACUCCAGAUGGGCCAAAAUUGUUCUUCCUCGUCUUAUCAACAAUCAGAGCUCAGCAGACAACAACAUAGCAGCUGUCACUGUCUUCUUUGGAGCCAAUGACUGUGCUCUGGAAGAUCAGAACCCUCAGCAGCACAUCCCUCUGCAGGAGUACUCCGAGAACCUGAAGGAGAUCACCAAGCUCCUGGUUUCAGCCGGAGUGUCACUGGACAAAGUUAUCUUCAUCACCCCUCCUCCUAUUCACGAGUUGGCCUGGGAGAAGGAGUGUAUGCAGAAAGGAUGUCCUCUCAAUCGCCACAACUCUGUAGUAGGACAGUAUGCCCAGGCAUGUGUCCAGGCAGCUGGUCAGUGUGGUGCAGACGUCCUGGACCUCUGGACACUCAUGCAGAAAGAUGGACAGGACUACACGCUUUACCUAUCUGAUGGGCUGCAUCUCUCAGAGAAGGGCAACCAGUUUGUGUCACAGCACCUGUGGGAGCUGUUGGAGAGCCGAGUUGAUGGUUUCAUCCUGCCCUACUGGGGAGACGUGGACAGUAAGAGCCCAGAGAGCAGCCUGCUCUGUGACCAGUGAACUGAAGGACAUUGGCUUUAUAUGGAAAACAUUUUCCUUCAGGAUCCAACAGAGCUGAACUUUUGAGAAGAGAAGAAAACACUCACCAGCAUCUUUGUGGUGCCUGGUACAUUGAGAGCAUGACACUGGACUACACUUAUGCUUCAAAGAAUGAAGCAGCUGUGGUUUUUAUUUGUCAGUAAUGUAAGACUGUGUCCAAAAUGCACAAUAAAGAUUUUAUUUUGAGCUGA